CAGCCAGGGGCAUUUAAGGAGCAGAGCACAUGGUGCAGGCCACAGCUUCAGGUCACAGGUGGACCUUGAGAGGUUCAAGAAACCACCCCGGGAGGCCAGCAGCAGCAGCAGCAGCAGCGCUACCACAUCUGCCAGGGCACAAUGCUCCUUGCAACGUUCAAACUCUGUGCUGGGAGCUCCUACAGACAUGUGCGAAACAUGAAAGGGCUGAGGCACCAGGCUGUGCUGGCCAUCAGCCAGGAGCUGACCCGGAGAGCGCUGAGGGAGCCGGCCCCCAGUGUGUGGGCUAACCAGGUCCGGCGUCGGAGCUCACUGCUUGGUUCUCGGCUGGAGGAGUCACUCUACAGUGACCAGGAGCUGGCCUACAUCCAGCAGGGAGAGGAGGCCAUGCAGAAGGCCCUGGGCAUCCUCAGUGACCAGGAGGGCUGGAAAAAGGAGAGCCAGCAGGCAAAUGGGGACAAAGUGCUGAGUAAGGUAGUUCCAGAUGUGGGCAAGGUGUUCCGGCUGGAGGUGGUGGUGGAACAGCCCAUGAACAGGCUCUACGAAGAGCUUGUGGAUCGGAUGGAGACAAUGGGAGAGUGGAACCCAAACAUCAAGGAGCUCAAGGUCCUGCAGAAGAUUGGAAAAGACACUGUCAUCACCCAUGAGUUGGCUGCAGAAGCAGCAGGAAAUCUUGUGGGCCCCCGAGACUUUGUGAGUGUGCGCUGUGCCAAGCGCCGAGGAUCCACCUGCGUGCUGGCAGGCAUGGCUACACACUUCAGGGACAUGCCUGAGCAGAAAGGAGUCAUCAGAGCCGAGCAGCGCCCCACCUGCAUGGUGCUUCAUCCUCUGGCUGGGAGCCCCACCAAGACCAAACUCACCUGGCUGCUAAGUAUUGACCUCAAGGGGUGGCUGCCAAAGAGCAUCAUCAACCAGGUCUUGUCACAGACCCAGAUGGAAUUUGCCAACCACCUGCGCAAGCACCUGGAGUCCAGCCCCGCCUCAGAAGCCCGCUGUUAAACACCAGCCUGCUGUUCCCUGAGCCUCUUGAACUGACCUGCAUGUGCAUCAGGGCCGUCCACCCCGCACCCCCACCCUGCCCUGGAAGCCUGCAAGUCUAAGAUCUUCAUCCGGAGACAGGGAGGGAGGGGUGGGAAGUUUAGGGUGUGAGGAUAGGGCCGGGACUAUUAACAGCCUCAGCACCAAGGAAACAGCAAGCAGGCUCUCAAAGAGAAGACCUCUACCUUCACCCACUGAGUAGCUCUGAAUGUAGACUAAGCUCCUAAGAUAUUGGUCAGACAUUUUUCUGGGCCCUUAUAUGCCCCCACUAAAGCCAUCUUUAGAAUGCUAGUGGCUGAUCUAGGCGCAGGGGCUGCUAAACCUAAGAAGCGGUCUCAAGAACCUCUCCCUGCAGGCAGGGCUCAGACCAUGCAGGGCCUUUCCCAGGGGCUCAGCAGACUUUGGCUCCUGCACCAAGAAGGAUCAGGGACACACAAGAGGAUCAGGCUGGCCUCAUUACUCAUCCCACAAGCACCAGUCAGAAUAAAGUCAUAACUAACACAAGAACCUCAGUCUGUACUUGUUUUAAAGUUCUGUUAUUAGGGCUGGGGAUUUAGCUCAGUGGCAUCGCGCCUGCCUCACAAGCGGAAGGUCCUGAGUUCGAUCUCCGAUACUAUCAAAAAACAAAACAAAAACCCCAACAAAGUUCUGUUAUUAAAAAAAAAAAAAUCUAACAUUAUAACCUCAUCCCAAAAAAGAUUUAAACUAAAUCUCACUAAAAGAAAUACUGCAGAUUUAUAUCAUUCAAAUAUUUAGAAUGUUUACUAAAAAUCUUUCAUAAAAAUUAAUUUUUUUUUUUCUUUUUUGGUACUGGGGAUCGAACUUGGGACCUUGCACUUGAGAGGCAGGCGCUGGAACCACUGAGCUAAAUCCCCGGCCCACAUAAAAUUAAUUUUCAUAGUAAGCACAAACCUAAAUCAGCUCUUAAGGAACUCUGUAACUGACAGCUGAUUAAUGAAUGGCCCUGGAAGACGAUUAUAACUGCAGCUUUUUAUCUAAUUAAAAGGAAGGAUAGUACCAAAUAUAAUAAACAAUACUAAGAUAAAGUUAACAUUUUUAUUAUUUAAUGCCAAAUAGUAUAGUAGUAAAAGAAUUACACAGCUGUCAACUUGGCUCAGAGCUGCCAACUUCUCUGCUUGAAAGGUUAAAAUUGUACCAUUUUGGGACCGGAAGUGGCUGGAAGAAGGGGUAAUAUGGUAAUAGCAAGUUCCCUUUUUCAGGAUACAGAGAAGUUAGACUUUAAAAAUAUAAAUUAGAGCUGAUGUGAUGGUGCAUGCUGUAAUCCCAGCACUUGGGAGGCUGAGGCAGGAAGGUAGCCUGGGCUACACAAUGAGCCCCAGGCCAGCAUGGGCUACACAGCAAGUCUCAUAACACACAGAUGCAGGGCUGGGGAUUUAGCUCAGUGGUUCCGCCGCCUGCCUUGCAAGUGCAAGGUCCCGAGUUUGAUCCCUGGUGCCCCAAAAAACCAAUAAAACAACAACACAGAUACAUAGAAUGGGAUUACUUUGCUAAAUUUAUGUAGGAUACAAAAUCAAUUAUACCUGAAGCUUUUCCAUUCUAGUUUUAAGAGCUCUGAUGACUUGCACCAUUUGGAAAGAGGGUUCUAGCUUAAUAAACAAAUUAGUUGCAGGAGCCCUACUAUUAGGUUAAGUAUUUAUUGAGAUGUUAAAAUAUAACAGAUGAUAGAAAUAUUUAUAACUUAUUCUGGUUAUUUCUUAGUCUAUUUUUAGCACAGGUGAAAUUAUUACUUAUCUGGGAGCCUCUAAGAGAGGAUGGUUGUGGAGAAGUACUUCUACAGCAGAAUCAUAGCCCACUGCUAGCCAAGAGAAGUUAUUUGCUUAAAAGUUGCUAAAGCAACCUGUACACUAGUUCAAGAAUGGGCUGAUGGCAAAGAAGAGAGAUUUCAACAAACACCAUGGUUUUAGGCUGGGUUGUAAUUUACUCUUUCAAACUAUGUAACUGUAACUAUGUCUUUUUGAUGUGUGGGGAGGUAUUUUCCAACUUAAUUUUACAUUUGAAUAAAACAAGUUGUCACUAA